CCACAUCGCAUAUUUUCUUCUUACGAGCUUCAAGUUCAACCUCAUUUCAUCUCUCUUCUGAUGACAGUACCUGCAGCGCUUUGCGACGACCAUGACAUCAUGGAAUUCUUUCGACCAGACAACCCUUCAGCUCAGGCCGCCCAGGAUCCGAUCCUGGCGCCUGUCAAACGAACAAAGCGCACGUUGAUACUGAAUGUGGAGAGAUCCGGUGGUGGGGCGGGCUGGUUUUGGUUCCAUGAGGCGCUCAAGGCUUGAACGGGAGAAUCCAUUCCUCCCCUCGACUCGCUUGUUGAACUCGGCAGUGUUGGCUGUGCCAUGGGCCGAACAGUUCUUGCCCCUCAUCCUCCCCUCUGGCCUCUUCCCUGAUCCCUCUCUCCUCUUCCUCCUAGCCAGCGUAUUUGUACCUGAAAACUUCACCAUGUCUCUCCACCGCAACCCCCCGUUCCGCGUCGAGCAUCUCGGCUCCCUUCUCCGUACUCACGAGCUCCUUGACACCAAGACUGCCUUCGAGAAUGGCAAGGCCUCCCAAGCCGACCUCGAGGCCAUCGAGAAGAAGGAUAUCAAGGAUGUCGUCGAGCUCCAGCAGAAGCUGCGCUUCCCUGCCCUCUCAGAUGGAGAGUACUGCCGACACAUGUUCUGGGGCUCCUUCUUCCCUGGCCUCGACGGGUUCGAUGAGGUCAAAGACCCUAACCCAGAUGUCUUCCGCCCCUACGCCCCCGAUGUCGCCGCCUUCCUCGAGGCUGGCCACAAGCCCGGCGAGAGCGUCUUCUGCACAGGCAAGAUCAAGCACGUCGGCAGCACAUAUGUCGACCAGUUCAAGUACCUCGCUAGCCUCGUUGCCCCCGAGGAGGUCAAGAACCUGAAGAUCACCCUUGCUGCCCCCAAUUGGUACCACCUGCGCUACCGCGAGGGCUUCGCCUUCCCCAAGGACGUCUACGCCAAUGUCGAUGAGUACUUCGCCGACAUUGCCAAGGCCUACCAGGACGAAAUCCAGAUCCUGUACGACGCUGGCUGCCGUAAUGUCCAAUUCGAUGACCCUAACCUUGCUUACUUCUGCUCCGACAAGAUGCUCAAGGGCUGGGAGGAAGACAAGCUCAACAAGUACAGCGCCGACGAGACUUUCGAGAAAUACAUUAAGCUGUACAACGACUGCCUCGCCAAGCGUCCCUCCGACUUCCACGUCGGCGUCCACCUCUGCCGCGGCAACUUCGUCGGCUCGCGCCACUUCUCUGAGGGCGGCUACGACCGUAUCGCCACCAAGCUCUUCAAGGAACUCCACGUCGACACCUACUACCUCGAAUACGACACCCCGCGCGCCGGCGGCUUCGAGCCGCUCAAGGAGCUGCCCCGCAACAAGAACGUCAUCCUCGGUGUCGUAACCUCCAAGUUCCCCGAGCUUGAGGAUAAGGAGGAGAUGAAGAAGCGCGUCUAUGAUGCCGCCAAGUUCAUUGCCGAGGGUAAUGGAGUUACCCUGGAGCAGGCGCUUGAUCAGGUUGGUGUUAGCCCGCAGUGUGGCUUUGCUAGUCACCGUGAGGGUAACCUCAUUGAUCGCGAGGGGAUGGUCAAGAAGUUGCAGCUUGUUAGGGAUAUUGCGGAUGAUAUCUGGCCUGGACAGCUGUAAACUUCUUUUCUCCCUUUUGUUAUUUGCUGAAACUCCGGACAUGAAUAUGAUGGGUAUGAGUUGUA